AUGGGGAAGGCCGAGGGGAUACACGAGUGUCUCCACACAAGCUUUUGCACAAACAAUUCUUCAAUUCCAGAGAGCAAGGCAACAUUCAAAUCAAUAAUUUCCAGUGAGAGGGAGCAAUCACCAUGGAAUAUUAAAAAAGCUUUUGCUUCAUAUGUGUGCCAUGGAGCAAGCUUGGAUUGCAUAGGAUCUUGUGGGAACCAUGGCCCCGACAUCCAAUUUCCUUUCCGAAUCAAGGACAGUGCAAGCGAGCACCGUGGCUAUCCCGGGUUUGGUCUAUCCCGCUCGGAGGGCAACGAUACAGAUGCUUGA